AUGGCCUCUCGUCAUCAAAGGAACUCUGUGCGGAUCCUGUCCAGCCGGGAGCGCGGCUCACAGGCCUUUGGCUCCAAGCGCCUCCUGCAGCAGCUGGUGGAGGAGAAGGUCCGCUGGAUGAAAUGGCAGAGUCAGGUAAAAGCCAAAGAAGCACACUAUCCCAGUCAAAGGAUUAGCCAAAACUGCUUUGGUUUCAACAGAUAUGGAAUAGUAGUAUGCUGUCAUACACUUGCUGCAGUAGGCAUUUUGAUCUGGGGCAAUAUACCAUUGCCUUUAACUCGUCACCAUGGAAACAAUGCCCUGUGCUUGUCUUUAUCAUCUGUAGUCUAUUAUGGGAGUUGUUCUUCAAAAUCCCUAAUAAUAUGCACUUGAUGGAUCACAAUUAAACUCAAGUCAUAAGUAAAGAAAAAAAAAAAUGCAUGUGCUACCUCCAUGUAAGGCUCUGGCAUUAAGCGAUGUUUGUUUGUUGCCCUUACACAGAAAGUGGAGCUGCCAGACAGCCCUCGCUCGACGUUCCUGUUGGCCUUCAGCCCAGACCGGUAAGGAACUCAACUGACCCGGCCGCAUUAAUGGAUUUGUGAGAGCAUUUGAGGCAGGGCUUCCUUUCGCGUCACAGCAGCUGUACCAUUCACUCUAGACCCCCCCCCCCCCCUCUUAUCUCCACUUUGAUAGGACCCUCAUGGCUUCCACUCAUGUCAAUCACAACAUCUACAUCACGGAGGUGAAGACUGGAAAGUGCUUGCAUUCGCUGGUGGGCCACCGCCGCACGCCCUGGUGCGUGACCUUUCACCCUACCAUCCCUGGCCUUGUGGCCUCCGGAUGCCUUGACGGAGAGGUCCGCAUCUGGGAUCUGCAUGUAAGUGGUGCCUUCUCUUAAACACAGACCCCUAUUAAGAUAAAUAGGACACAAGUUUCAGGUCCCCGCUUGCCAAGUUGCAUAGGUAUAUAUUUUUGCUAUGUUAGUUUGUAAGACUUGCAUGCACAGUCUUCGGCAGAAGUAAAUGUUGAGGUUUCCCCCAGGGCACUGUCCAACUCCAGGCAUCAUAAGGAAACGUGUUUAUCUUCAAUGUGUUGCUAUUGGUAGUCUAGUUGAUAAACCCCUUUGACAGGAGUCCGUAUCCCAUAAAGAUCAUGCAAACGUUUGUAUCCAGUGUUGCCGUAUCCUACUUGUUUCUUUCUGUAUUAAACCCCCUUCUUGUGUUUGUUUCUGCAGGGUGGCAGUGAGAGCUGGUUCACGGAGAGCAACGUGGCCAUUGCCUCGCUAGCCUUCCACCCCACUGCCCAGCUCCUCCUCAUCGCAACCAAUAACGAGCUCCACUUCUGGGACUGGAGCCGGCCCGAGCCCUUCGCUGUGGUCAAAACCGGCAGCGAGACUGAAAGAGUCAGGUGGGACGCCAUAGAGAUAGAUACAUAUAUACAUACAUACAUACAUACAUACAUGCAUACAUAUAGUGCCUUCGGAAAGUAUUUAGACCCCUUGACUUUUUCCACAUUUUGUUACAUUACAGCCUUAUUCUAAAAUGGAUGAAAAAAAACCAAAUCCUCAGCAAUCUACACACAAUACCCCAUAAUGACAAAGCAAAAAAACAAAACAGAAAUGCCUUAUUUACAUAAUUAUUCAGACCCUUUGCUAUGAGACUCGAAAUUGAGCUCAGGCGCAUCCUGUUUCCAUUGAUCAUCCUUGAGAUGUUUCUACAACUUGAUUGGAGUCCACCUGUGGUAAAUUGAAUUGAUUGGACAUGAUUUGGAAAGGCACACACUUGUCUAUAUAAGGUCCCACAGUUGACUGUGCAUGUCAGAGCAAAAACCAAGCCAUGAGGUCGAAGGAAUUGUCCGUAGAGCUUCGAGACAGGAUUGUGUCGAACCACAGAUCUGAAGAAGGGUACCAAAAAAUGUAUCCAGCAUUGAAGGUCCCCAAGAACACAGUGGCCUCCAUCAUUCUUAAAUGGAAGAAGUUUGAAACCACCAAGACUCUUCUUAGAGCUGGCCGCCCGGCCAAACUGAGCAAUCGGGGGAGAAGGGCUUUGGUCAGGGAGGUGACCAAAAACCCGAUGGUCACUCUGACAGAGCUCCAGAGUUCCUCUGUGGAGAUGGGAGAACCUUCCAGAAGGACAACCAUCUAUGCAGCACUCCACCAAUCAGGCCUUUAUGGUAGAGUGGCCAGACGGAAGCCACUCCUCAGUAAAAGGCACAUGACAGCCUGCUUGGAGUUUGCCAAAAGGCACCUAAAGGACUCUCGGACCAUGAGAAACAAGAUUCUCUGGUCUGAUGAAACCAAAAUUGAACUCUUUGGCCUGAAUGCCAAGCGUCACGUCUGGAGGAAACCUGGCACCAUCCCUACGGUGAAGCAUGGUGGUGGCAGCAUCAUGCUGUGGGAUGUCUUUCAUCAGCAGGGACUGGGAGACUAGUCAGGAUCGAGGGAAAGAUGAACGGAGCAAAGUAUAGAGAGAUCCUUGAUGAAAAUCUGCUCCAGAGCGGACCUCAGACUGGGGUGAAGGUUCACCUUCCAACAAGACAACGCAGGAGUGGCUUCGGGACAAGUCUCUGAAUAUCUUCCCCUUCCUCCUCUGAGGAGCCUCCACUGGUAUAAUUUGAUUUCAGGAAAACAUUUUUUUUUAAACAUUUGUUCCAUUUUCACAUGGAACAACCCCACUGUAGCGCAAAUGUUGUAUCAUUAUAAUAUGAUAUUGCUAUGAUUAGAAUAUCUUUGAGUUGAUGGAAAGUUCUGCUGUUUCUCUUUUAGGUUGGUGAGGUUUGAUCCUUUGGGGCACAAUCUUCUGACUGCUACUGUGAACCCCUCCAACCAGCAGGUGAGUCCUUUCUCUUAUCACAACAAAAUUGCACUGUACCGUAUACCGUUUUCUGUCUACAAAUGAAAUCUUCUCAAAGCCUUUUAAAUAUGACUGUACCCUAAAACAUUCAACAUGACUACCCUAAUAUCUAACAUAUUAUUAUGUCCUGUAGAAUGAUGAUGACUCUGAGGUCCCCAUGGACAGCGUGGAGAUGCCACACUUCCGCCAGCGCUCCUUCCUGCCAUCCCAGCCCGUACGCCGCACGCCCAUCCUCCACAACUUCCUGCACAUCCUGUCGUCGCGCUCGUCGGGGGCGGAUGCGUCACGCCCUGGCGGGGAGGUCAGCGGCGUGCCCCCCAGCAUGCCUUUGGGGCAGUACCCAGCCUCACAGGACCGCGGACUGCCCUUCCCAGGCUGCACCCAGCACCUGGGCAUGGUGUGCCUCUGCAGCCGCUGUACGGCCAACCGCAGCCCCUCUCUGGGCGAGGGGACCUCCUCCAGGCCUGUGGUCCUCCCUGAGCACCCUCAGCCGGCCCCCCACGCCUCCACCUUUUCCUCGGCCCAUACGGAGCCCCGGCAGCCUUCAGAGCCCAGUGGGGCCCAACAGCGGCCCUCUGCCUUCACUACGGUUUACUACAGCGCUGGCAGCUCCCUGCACCGCGCCGUGCCUACCGCCCACAUGGCCAGCCCGCCCCUGAGCCAGCAGCCUCCGCCGCCGCCACCCACCAGCCACCAACCCCCCUCCCGCCCACUGCCCGGACCCGACUGGACACGCAGCCUGCUGAAUAUGAGAGGCUCAGAGAGCAGGGCUGGAGGGAGUGAAGGUGGGGUGAGCGGGGGAGGUGGUGUCGAGGGCGGGAUGCUGCCCCCCCGAACCAGCUCGUCCUCCGUCAGCCUGCUGUCAGUGCUCCGGCAGCAGGACGGCUCCUCCCAGUCCCCUGUCUACACCUUCCCCCCGCAGCCGAGCUCCGAACCUGGCUCUGGCCCCGUGGCCAAUCAGCGAGGAGGUGGAGGAGGAGCGGGCACCAGCAGCGGGCACCACCCUUUCUGGGACGGCACGCGCAGCAACCCGACCUCGUUCCGCAACGUGCUCCAGUGCAACCUGAGCCGCUACUUCAUGGAGUUCGACCGCAUGCAGGACCUGGAGUCGCCACUGGGGGGCGUCGGUGGAGGAGAGGGCGGCCAGGAGCAGACGCAGGAGCUGCUCAACAACAACAUGGACCUGGAGAGACCCGGGCCAUCCUCCUCCCACUAUCAGCCCCAGCCGCCCCCACCAACCACAGCCGAGAACAACCCCCCUCCCUCAAAUGCGGCCCACUCCUCCCGGGGCCACCUGAACCGCUGCCGGGCCUGCCACAACCUGCUCACCUUCAACCACGACUCCCAACGCUGGGAGCGCACCAGCCCAGCCUCCUCCACCUCCGCUGUCGCCACCCAGGAGGGCUCCAGCUCUCCCUGGCAGCAGCCCCCCAGCCCUGCCUAUGAAGAAACCCAUGUGUCACCACGGAGGCGGGAGCCCCAACCCCAGCCACCAGAGCGGGAGAGGAGGAUAACCCAGCCCCCGGAGCCCAGCGAGCGGCAGCCCUCCCCAGGCCCUCAUGGUGCGGCCAUGCCCUUCCCCACCAUCGCGUCGUCCACUGCCCAGCCCGGGGAGCAGACGGUGGGCCUGGUGUACAACCAGGAGACGGGCCAGUGGGAGCGCGUCUACCGCCAGGCCGCCUCCAGCCACUCCGCUGUUGCCGACGCACCGCCAGAGGCCUUAAGCCAAGAAAUGCCUGUGGAUAACCCGGACGAGGACUCUCUGAGGAGGUAGAGUUAUGAGAAAGGCCUUGGUAGUCUCUUCAGUGGUGUUUUUUGCUCAGUCCAGGGUCGUGCUCACACUGUGGUAAAAUGUUUAAAAUGAACGUUUUUUUUAUUGAACGAGCUCUGAUAGUACCUCGCUGUUUUAUCUACUGAAUGCAACUCUGCUCACUUUAGCUAGUGAUCCUCUCUGAUAUAACAACAUUACAGCAAGUAACUACUGGUCUGCUUUUAUCAGUAUGUCCUUGAUAGGCUUAUAUUGUCCGAAUAGUUGUAUUUGUAUGAAACAAAUAGACUCCCUUUGUAGAGGAGAUGAAAUGCUGAUCCAUUGUUUGGCGUGUUUGUUCACAGAAGGCUGUUGGAGUCCUCCCUCCUCUCUCUCUCCCGCUACGACAUGGGAGGAUCCAGAGACCACCCCAUCUACCCAGACCCUGCCAGGUACCAGCCCCCAACCUCACCUCUAAUUAACUAGUACUGUGUUUGACAGGAUAAAACCCCUCCAGGUGCACCAUUUAGUUUUGGAGGGGGUUCUGUCGAAACAUAAAGUUGACAGUUUAAAGUAAGGUUGAAAUAUCCCUGUAAUUUUCCCAAAUGUUUACAGAUUUAACAAAAUAUCAAAGGUAGAGAAUUUCUUAAACGCGGGAACUUCAAGAAGGUUUAUGGAAUUUUGCCAACAUACACUGAAAAAAAUAUAAACGCAACAUGUAAAGUGUUGGUCCCAUGUUUCAUGAGCUGAAAUAAAAGAUCCCAGAAAUCUUCCAUAUGCACAAAAAGCUUAUUUCUCUUAAAUGUUGUGCAGAAAUGUGUUUACAUCCCUGUAAGUGAGCAUUUCUUCCUUUGCCAAUAUAAUCCAUCCACCUGACAGGUGUGGCAUAUCAAGAAGCCGAUUCAACCGCAUGAUCAUUACACAGGUGCACCUUGUGCUGGGGACAAUAAAAGGCCGCUCUGAAAUGUGCAGUUUUGUCACACAACACAAUGCCACAGCUGUUGCAAGUUUUGAGGGAGCGUGCCAUUGGCAUGCUGACUGCAGGAAUGUCUACCAGAGCUGUGGCCAGAGAAUUAAAUGUUAAUUUCUCUACCAUAAGCUGCCUCUAAUGUUGUUUUAGAGAAUAUGACAGUACGUCCAACCGGCCUCACAACCGCAUACCCAGGUGUAUGGAGUCGUGUGGGUGAGCGGUUUGCUGAUGUUAACGUGUUUGCUGAUGUCAAUGUUGUGAACAGAGUGGGGUUAUGGUAUGGGCAGGCAUAAGCUAUGGACAACGAACACAAUUUAUCGAUGGUAAUUUGAAUGCACAGAGGUACCGUGACAAGAUCCUAAGGCCCAUUGCCGUUCCAUUCAUCCACCGCCAUCACCUCAUGUUUUAACAUAAGUCAUGGCCCCAUGUCGCAAGGAUCUGUACACAAUUCCUGGAAGCUGUCUGUUCUUCUAUGGCCUGCAUACUCAACAGACAUGUCACUCUUUGACCAUAUUUGGGUUGUUCUGGAUUGACGUGUAUGACAGCGUGUUCCAGUUCCCACCAAUAUCCAGCAACUUCGCACAGCUUCUGAAGAGGAGUGGGACUGAAUUCCACAGGCCACAAUCAACAGCCUGAUCAACUCCAUGCGAAGGAGAUGCGUUGUGCUGCAUUUUUUUAGGUAUCUGUGUCCAGCUCCAGCAGAUGUGUAUCUGUAUUCCCAGUCAUGUGAAAUCCAUAGAUUAGGGCCUAAUUAAUUUAUUUCAAUUGACUGAUUUCCUUAUAUGAACUGUAAUUCAGUAAAAUCUUUUGAAAUGGUUGCAUUUAUAUUUUUGUUCAGUAUAGUAUCAACCCUAGAGCUGUAAACCCCCCCAUUGAACCCUUCUCUCUGCCGUUGUUUCUCCUGCAGGUUGUCACCGGCUGCGUACUAUGCCCAGAGAAUGAUCCAGUACCUGUCGAGGCGGGACAGUAUCCGCCAGCGCUCGCUGCGCUACCAGCAGAACCGCCUGAGGACCCUCUCCUCCUCGUCGGACAGCCCUGCCGGCAACCCCUCGGCCGCUAUGGAGAACAGCGACGUGGACUUUGAGGAGCUAGAGUGAGUUGGCGGCAACCCAUCCUGGCCCCUUAACGGGAUAUUAGUUACACUCUUAAAUCAGUUUGUCUGAUUUUUGUUUUCAGACCUCAAAGUGGUCUUCUGUUGAGAUAAGAGGGGAUAAGGAGAUGUCCCAAGCCGUCUUUUUAGAAAACAUAAGCACCAUAUAAUUCCAUUUGAUUUUACGGUGCUUAUAUUUUCCAUUCAUUUUGGGUCGAGGCAUGUACUGUAGCUGGAUCUACACAACCAAUGGUGUGUGAUGUCGACUUACACUAUAUAUACAAAAGUAUGUGGACACCCCUUCAAAUGAGUGGAUUCGGCUAUUUCAGCCACACCCGUUGCUGACAGGUGUAUAGCACACAGCCAUGCAAUCUCCAUAGACAAACAUUGGCAGUAGAAUGGCCUUAUUGAAGAGCUCAGUGACUUUCAAUGUGGCACCAUCAUAGGAUGCCACCUUUCCAACAAGUCAGUUCGUCAAAUUUCUGCCCUGCUAGAGCUGCCCCGGUCAACUGUAAGUGCUGGUAUUGUGAAGUGGGAACGUCUAGGAGCAACAACGGCUCAGCCGCGAAGUGGUAGGCCACAGAAGCUCACAGAACAGGAUCAGCAAGUGCUGAAGCGCGUAGCGCGUAAAAAUUGUCUGUCCUCGGUUGCAACACUCACUACAGAGUUCAGAACUGCCUCUGGAAGCAACAUCAGCACAAUAACUGUUAGUCGGGAGCCUCAUGAAAUUGGUUUCCAUGGCCGAUCAGCCGCAUACAAGCUUAAGAUCACCAUGCGCAAUGCCAAGCGCCGGCUGGAGUGGUGUAAAGCUCACCGCCAUUGGACUCCGGAGCAGUGGAAGAAAUGUGUUCUCUGGAGUGAUGAAUCACGCUUCACCAUCUGGGUUUGGCGGAUGCCAGGAGAACGCUACCUGCCCCAAUGCAUAGUGCCAACUGUGAAGUUUGUUGGAGGAAGAUUAAUGGUCUGGGCUGUUUUUCAUGGUUCGGGCUAGACCCCUUAGUUCCAGUGAAGGGAAAUCUUAACACUACAGCAUACAAUGACGUUCUAGCAACAGUUUGGGGAAGGCCCUUUCCUGUUUCAGCAAGACAAUGCCCCUGUGCACAAAGCGAGGUCCAUACAGAAAUGGUUUGUCGAGAUCAGUGUGGAAGAACUUGACUGGUCUGCACAGAGCCCUGACCUCAACCCCAUCGAACACCUUCGGGAUGAAUUGAACGCUGACUGCGAGCCAGGCCUAAUCACCCUACAGUGCCCAACCUCACUAAUGCUCUUGUGGCCGAAUGGAAGCAAGUCCCCGCACCAAUGUUCCAACAUCUAGUGGAAAGCCUUCCCAGAAGAGUGGAGGCUGUUUAUAGCAGCAAAGGGGGGACCAACUCUAUUUUAAUGCCCAUGAUUUUGGAAUGAACUGUUCGACAAGCAGGUGUCCACAUACUUUUGGUCAUGUAGUGUAUCUUGCCAUUGGAAUAAUUUUGCAAUCUGAGUACAGUCAUCCUACCUUGAACAUUCCGCUUCACCACACAUUUCACCCAACAGCCUCUGUUUCUCCCAAUAACUGCCGUGUGUGUGUUUAACAGUGACAACGGAGACCGGACGAGGCACAGAACACCACGCAACGCCAGGAUGUCUGCACCUUCGCUGGGGCGCUUCGUUCCUCGGCGGUUUCUUUUGCCUGAGUACCUGCCCUACGCUGGGAUCUUCCACGAGAGGGGACAGCCUGGCCUGGCCACCCACUCCUCUGUCAAUAGGGUCCUAGCAGGUACUAACAAAGAUUGUCUCACUAGAGUGCACUCCGCUUAAAAUGUGGUUAAAUUGUCCGACAUGGAUGUGAUCACUAUAAGAGGAGUGCACUGUAAAACCCUUUUCACACUACUGCGCCAAGCUGAGCUGUACCAUCCAUUAUAGUUGGUGGAACAUUUACAUUUACGUCAUUUAGCAGACGCUCUUAUCCAGAGCGACUUACAAAUUGGUGCAUUCACCUAAGAGCCAGUGGGAUAACCACUUUACAAUAUUUUUAUUCUUUUUGGGUGGGGUAAGGGGGGGUAGAAGGAUUACUUUAUCCUAUCCCAGGUAUUCCUUAAAGAGAUGGGAGAGAUGAGGAUUCCUGUGCCACCACCCCGCUGACCAGAUGCUCUCGGGGUAUGCGAGAACACAUGGUCAGACGAGGAGAGAGCAGUAGGAGUAGCAGUGUUUUCAGUGGUAAUCCAUGUUUCCGUCAGCGCCAAGAAGUCGAGGGACUGGAGGGUAGCAUAGGCUGAGAUGAACUCUGCCUUGUUGGCCGCAGAACGGCAGUUCCAGAGGCUGCCGGAGACCUGGAACUCCACGUGGGUCGUGCGUGCAGGGACCACCAGGUUAGAGAGGCAGCAGCCACGCGGUGUGAGGCGUUUGUAUAGCCUGUGCGGAGAGGAGAGAACAGGGAUAGACAGAGGCAUAGUUGACAGGUUACAGAAAAUGGCUACAAUAAUGCAAAGGAGAUCGGAAUGAAAUGAACUAAACAUCUGGGAAAGCGAGAGAGCGGGGCCUCCCUCACUUCCGUUUCACUGAAACACCCAAAUAUAACUCUCCCAACUUCCACCUCAGAAACUAUCAUUGUUGUAAACUACAGCGGUUCAAUGUUUUCUAGGAAUAGACUAACUUAGUUUAUUCAGCUAGCUAACUUGGUACAGUAUUCUUCCGUGAAAACCGUCCAGGGCACCUAGUCAUAUGACGCCACAGACAACUAGCAUGCCGGACUCCAACAACACGGUUUAGCACCAAUACUCGGCCACAACAAACCACCAGUGUGUCAACACGCCAAGCAGAUCAUUUGUGUCCGUGUCUAACGUUGUGGGUUAGUCCCGACAGCUUGAGCGAGUCCGUCGUCAAUUUAUUCAGCCAGUUAGUUAGCUAGAAUAGUUAGCAUGCUAGCCAUUGCUUUCUGCCAACGAAGAAACCCCUCCUCCCACGGCACGAACACGCAGAGAGAGCCAAGCUAACGUUAACUAGUCACCCAUGUCCUGAAUUCCCUUGAACGACUCUGGCUACCAGUAUGUAAAAACAAAACACAAAUGUAGGUUAUAACUUACCCCUAGCAGCUACUGUUAGCUAGCCAAGUGCAAAGCUAGCCACUGAAUUGACUCAGCCAGUUCGCGUCUGUUCGCUAGGUCGUUCCAGCUAUUGUUUAGUAGCUAUCCAGGUAGCAACAAGCUAGCUACAUUUCGAGCACAGUAGCCACUUACUACCUAACGUUAACCCUUCAGACAAUGAGGUUAGAAAAACAGCUGAGUGGUAGGCAUUAUUGUAUGUAAUUAUUGUAGGCAGCUAGCUGGCGUAAUUACAGGUACUCUCAGGCGUGAAACAACUAUCCACAGUUGCUAAUAGUUACCAGUAGCUACCUGCUAGCUAGUCCAGGUAGUGGGUUAGCUAGCUUCGUGCUUCACCGGGCUCAGCCGAAUACAAUACUUACCUACAAUAAUUACAUACAACAACCCACGAUAACUACCUACAAUACCUAACUACAAUCGAAAUACAUAGUUUAAGCUUUACUCGACAAAGCUUAAACUAUGUAUAUAAGCCAAGCUUACCCUCCCGCCAGAGAGAGAGGAUAGAGAUGCAGAAGGGAGGAGUCCAGGCAGGGCAAUGUGAUUGUGUGCAGCGGUUGAUGUCAACCCUGGCUCAGCUUCACAGCUCUGUGUUCUCCUCUGCAAAGGUGUAAAAGAGAAUAUCCAAGCCAGUACGGUUCAAGUGGGCCACAACUGACUAGUUGACUGCUCUCAUACAGCUCAAUGUUAUCCAUUUUGUGUUAUCUGCAAUAGUGAUACACUCCUCCUCCUAUUUCACAUUCAAUAACCUUUCCACUGACCACUGGCCUUUCUCCUGUCUCUCAGGUGCCUCCAUCGGGGACGGCCAGUCGGCAGUGGCCAGCAACAUAGCCAACACCACUUACCGGCUGCAGUGGUGGGACUUCACCAAGUUCGACCUACCGGAGAUCAGCAACGGUAUGUAAAAAAACUUUCAGAACAUUGCAGGAAGAUUAGAAUGAAUAGAGCCGACCCUAUUCUGACAGACAAUCGUAUAAUUUCUACACAAUACAUUUCUGUCUGAAAGUUCUGGAACGUUAGAUCCUCCUAAACCGGUCCCAGCUCUCCUAUUGUUUGAACAGCGAUGUUUGCCUCUCUGAUUGCGGUUACCUAAGCGGUCUACUGUAUUAUUGACACUGUGUGUGUUUGUCUAUUGCCUACUCCUCCAGCCUCUGUGAAUGUGCUGGUGCCAAACUGUAAGAUCUACAACGACGCCAGCUGUGACAUCUCGGCGGACGGGCAGCUCCUGGCAGUGUUCAUACCCAGCAGCCAGCGGGGCUUCCCUGACGAGGGCAUCCUGGCUGUGUACUCCCUGGCCCCUCACAACCUGGGGGAGGUGCUCUACACCAAAAGAUUUGGUAAGUCUUGUCACGUAGUAGAGGACGUCUUGCCGUCAGGGACUUGACCUCCAGGAUACAAAUAUAGCAGUGUUUCCCAAACCUCUCCUCAAGUGGCCCCAGCCAAUCCACUUAUUUGAGGUGUUCCAGUGAUGGCAGACCUGAUUCAAUUGGUCAACUAAUCACCUCAUUAGUUGAAUCAGGUGUGCUAGUUGUGGAAUACAUCAAAUUAGUUGAACUGCAGGAGGUACUCGAGGAGAGGUUUGGGUAACACUGAACUAGAGAAUCUAAAACAUUGAAUCUAGUAAAUCGGUGCACUAAACAGAAUAUUAUAGAUGGUUAACCUUAACUACAAUACAAUAAUAUCCUAGAAGAGUCUUGCCUAACCUUCUCAGUCUUAACGUUUGUCUUCAACCCUCCCACAGGUCCCAAUGCCAUCUCGGUGAGCCUGUCUCCCAUGGGCUGCUACGUGAUGGUGGGCCUGGCCUCCCGCAGGAUCCUGCUGCAUCCCUCCACCGACCACAUGGUGGCGCAAGUGUUCCGGCUGCAGCAGCCCCAUGGUGGAGAGACCUCCAUCAGGGUGAGACAGAGAGACCCCCCCCCCCCCCCCCCCCCCCCUAAUGCAGGGAAAAGACCAGCCCAGCUGGUUACAUUUUAACCUAUGUCAGUGAAGGUCAACAGUGCGGGAGAAGGGUAGUACCACAGAUUGAUACUACCGGGAUGGUGUUCAUUAUGGCAAGCUUUGGAAAAUGAUUAAAUGAGUCCAGGUAAUCCCUCCCCGUUUGUCAGUUUUCUUCUAUUUGGUGUCUAAUGAACACAACCCAGGUUUGUAGAUAGCCUACAUGGCUUUUACCCAUACCAAAAGGGUUCACUUUAUUGUGCAUUUUAUGUUUAGUUUUAUGUCACAAGUACAGUGAAACGCUUUCUUGCAAACUCAAAAGCCAACAAUGCAAUAAUCAAUGGCAAUGUAAUCCUACAAAAAAAAAACACAAGAAAUAUGAAGAGCACAAUAAGUAAGUAAGAAUACUAUAUACAGGGUCCAAUACCUUAUUUACAUUGUGCAGGGAUACUUGUGCAGGGAUACUGGAGUGAUGGAGGUAGAUAUGUAUAGGGGUAAGGUGACUACGCACCAGGAGAGAAGAUAAACAGAGUAGCAGCAGCUUGUAUGUGAGUGGGUGAGUGGGUGUGUAGUCAGUAUAACGAGUCAGUAUAAAUAUAUGUGCAUAUUAUGUGUGAGUGAGCAGAUGAUGGAGUGUGUGUGUAGGGCCCUGUGAGUGUGUUUAUUUUCCAAUGACGUCUAAAAAAGCAUGGCGCCCUAUUAAAAUACUCAUUAUUUCCUAUACAGCCGCCUCAAAUCAAAUUCGACAAAUAACAAUCAUGUCCCACCUAUUCACUGUGUCAGCCAUAAAAAUACUGAGAAGUUUUUAAAUGACUGUUUGUCUGGCCAUUACUGACAUUAUAAAGCCGUUAGAUUCUUCAAAACCAGCAAGAAAAGGUUGGCUCAGAUGGAACAUAGAAUGUAGAUGGACAUUGUUUGUUUUUGACAUUUCACUUGUCUCCCAUGGCCCCCUGUUUUCCGCUAAGACGUAAUCUGUUCAUAUUUCAAAUACAAUUGUAUUGGUUGCGUACACAUAUUUAGCAGAUGUUAUCACGGGUGUAGCGAAAUGCUUAUGUGCCUAGCUUCAACUGUGCAGUAAUACCUAACAAUACAAACAAUACACGCAAAUCCCCAACAUUUAAAUAAAUUAAGAAAUAUAGGGAAAUUAAAACGUCCAGAAUAUUAUAGUCCGGAAUAUAAAUAUAUGUAAAUGAUGGUGUGUAUAGACAUUAUGGACAGUAUAUGAAUAGAAAAGGUGUGUACAUCAGUACUUUUAUAUAGGAUGAAAAUUGACUAGAAUACAGUAUAUAUACAUAUGAAGUGGGUAAAACAGUAUGUAAACAUUAAUAACGUGACCAGUUUGACUAUGUACGUGUAGUGCAGCAGUCUCUAAGGUGCAGGGUUAAGCACCGGGUGGUUUACCACAAAGUGUAUGCUUGUUGACGUUUACGAUUGUUUGUCUGGGUUCUCUAUUUGUUCCCUAGAUGGUGUUCAACGUGGUCUACCCCAUGGCUCCAGACCAGCGGCGGCAUGUCAGCAUCAAUUCAGCCAGAUGGCUUCCAGACCCGGGGAUGGGCCUGGCCUACGGGACCAACAAAGGAGACCUGGUCAUCUGCAGGCCCGUGUGAGUAGUGCUCCUGUCUGAACAUUGUAAAUCUUAUACCUGAUAAGACUGGGCCCUAUCAGGAUGGUGCAUUGGUGACUUGUUUGUUUUGUAGUCAUCAAUAUACACUUUGUGUUCAAAGGUGUGUUCUUGGGAUCUUGAGUUCAGUGUAUUCCCUACCACCACCUCCAACACUGGCAGUGAAUUGGAUUUGAUUGGUGUCUGAUUUGAUUAUUCUAAUAGCCAGUGUAAACAGGAAGCCUCUGGAUUGGAGCGGGUCAAUUAUUGGUCUGUAAUGAGGUCAUUGUCUGUGAUUACAUGAAGGAAUCCCUCAGUGGAGAUCAAAAUAAAAUGUUAUUGGUCACAUGCGCCAAAUACAACAGGUAUAGACUUUACAGUGAAAUGCUUACCAACGAGCCUAUUCCCAACAGUGUAGAGUUAAAAAGUAAGACAAAUAUUUGCUAAAUAAAAAGGAAAUAGUAACACAAUAAAAGCAUAAACGAGGCUAUAUACAAGGAGUACCAGUACCGAGUCAAUGUGCAGGGGUACGAGGUAGUUGAGGUAAUUGAGGUAGUACAGUAUGUACAUGUGGGUAGGGGUUAAAGUGACUAGGCAAUCAGGAUAUAUAAUACAAAGAGAAGCAGCAGUGUACAGUGCCUUGGAAAGUAUUCAGACUGACUUUUUCCACAUUUUGUUCCGUUACAGCCUUAUUCUAAAAUUUAUUAAAUUGUUUUUUUCAUCAUCAAUCUACACACAAUACCCCAUAAUGACAAAGCAAAACAGUUUUUUAGACAUCUUUGCUAAUUUAUAUAUUUUUAAAACUGAAAUAUCACAUUUACAUAAGUAUUCAGACCCUUUACUCUACUUUUUUAAAGCACCUUUGGCAGUGAUUACAGCCUCGAUUCUUCUUGGGUAUGACGCUGCAAGCUUGGCACACCUGUAUGUGGAGAGUUUCUCCCAUUCUUCUCUGCAGAUCCUCUCAAGCUCUGUCAGGUUGGAUGGGGAGCGUUGCUGCACAGCUAUUUUCAGGUCUCUCCAGAGAUGUUCGAGCGGGUUCAAGUCCGGGCUCUGGCUGGGCCACUCAAGGACAUUGAGACUUGUCCCGAAGCCACUCCUGCGUUGUCUUGGCUGUGUGCUUCGGGUCGUUGUCCUGUUGGAAGGUGAACCUUCACCCCAGUCUGAGGUCCUGAUCGCUCUGGAGCAGUUUUUCAUCAAGGAUCGCUCUGUACUUUGCUCCGUUCAUCUUUCCCAGGAUCCAGACUAGUCUCCCAGUCCCUGCCGCUGAAAAACAUCCCCACAGCAUGAUGCUGCCACCACCAUGCUUCACCAUAGGGAUGAUGCCAGGUUUUCUCCAGACGUGACGCUUGGCAUUCAGGCCAAAGAGUUAAAUCUUGGUUUCAUCAGACUAGAGAAUCUUGUUUCUCAUGGUCAGAGUCCUUUAGGUGCCUUUUGGCAAACUCCAAGCAGGCUGUCGUGUGUCCUUUAACUGAGGAGUGGCUUCUGUCUGGGCACUACCAUAAAGGCCUGAUUGGUGGAGUGCUGCAGAGAUGGUUGUCCUUCUGGAAGGUUCUCCUAUCUCCACAGACGAACUCUAGUGCUCUGUCAGAGUGACCAUUGGGUUCUUGGUCACCUCCCUGACCAAGGCCCUUCUCCCCCGAUUGCUCAGUUUGACCGGGCGGCCUGCUCUAGGAAGAGUCUUGGUGGUUCCAAACGUCUUCCAUUUAAGAAUGAUAGAGGCCACUGUGUUCUUGGACCUUCAAUGCUGCAGAAAUGUUUUGGGUACCCUUCCCCAGAUCUGUGCCUCGACACAAUCCUGUCUUGGAGCUCUACGGACAAUUCCUUCGACCUCAUGGCUUGGUUUUUGCUCUGACAUGCACAGUCAUUAUGGGUUAUUGUGUGUAGAUUAAGGAUUUUUAAAAUCCAUUUUAGAAUAAGGCUGUAGCGUAAUUUUUUUGGGGGAAAGUCAAGGGGUCUGAAUACUUUCUGAAGGCACUAUGUAAAGUGUGUGUGUGGGCAGAGUCGAGUGAGUGUGCAUAGAGCAGCAUUUCCCAGACUCUGUCCUGGGGACCCCAAGCGGUGCACAUUUUGGUUUUUGCCCUAGCACUACACAGCUGAUUCAAAUAAACAAAGCCUGAAGAUUAGUUGAUUAUUUGAAUUAGCUGUGUAGUGCAUCCCUUGGGGUCCCAAGGACCGAGUUUGGGAAACGCUGGCUUAGAGCCAGUGCAAGGGAGUCAGUGUAAAACAAUUAAGAUUAAUAAAGGGGGUCAAUGUAAAUUGUCUGGGUAGCCAUUUAACUGUUCAGCAGUCUUAUGGCUUAAGGGUAGAAGCUGUUCAGGUGCCUUUUGGUCACAGACUUGGCGCUUCUGUGCCGCUUGCCAUGCGGUAGCAGAGAGAACAGUCUAUGACUUGGGUGGUUGGAGUCUUUGACAAUUUUUUGUGCCUUCCUCUGACACCGCCUGGCAUAGAGUUCCUGGAUGGCAGGGAGUUCUCCCUCCGUAGUGCCUUGCGGUUGCAUGCCGAGCAGUUGCCAUACCAAGGGGGAUGCAGCUAUUCGAGAAUCUUUUGAGGAUCAGCCCAUGCCAAAUCUUUUCAGCUUGCUGAGAAGGAAGAGGCGUUGUCGUGCCCUCUUCAUGACUGUGUUGGUUCGUUUGGACCAUGAUAGAUCCUUAGUGAUGUGGACACUGAGGAACUUGAAGCUCUCGACCCGCUCUGCUAUCGCCCCGUCGAUGUGAAUGGGGGCGUGUUCUGAUUUUUUGGGGCGAUUGCGUAAUGUGUGGAUGUGUUGGGGCGGUAUGUGAAUUGGAGUGGGUCUAGGGUUUCUGGGAUGAUGGUGUUGUGAGCCAUGACCAGCCUUUCAAAACUUUUGUAGGAUUCAUCUUAGUCCUGUAUUGACGCUUAGCCUGUUUGAUGGUUUGUCAGAGGGCGUAGCUGGAUUUCUUAUAAGUGCUGGAUUAGUGUCCUGCUCCUUGAAAGCGGCAGCUCUAGCCUUUAGCUCAGUGCAGAUGUUACCUGUAAUCCGUGGCUUCUGGUUGGGAUAUGUACAUAUGGUCACUGUGGGGACAAAGCCGUCGAUGCGCUUAUUAAUGAAGCCGGUUGUCACGUUCGUUGUGUAAAGGAUCGGACCAAGGUGCAGCGUGGCAUGCUCCCCCUCUCAGUCCUCCCACAAUGCACCAAGCCCUGUCUGGACCCUGGUGUGGGAUCCCUCGACCCUGGAGAGGGGUUGACGUCUGGUCCCGGCCCAGCAGUCCUCCCGCGAUGCACCAAGUCCUGUCUGGACCCUGGUGUAGGAGCCCUCGACCCUGGAGAGGGGCUGACGUCUGGUCCCGGCCCAGCAUUCCUCCCGCGAUGCACCAAGUCCUGUCUGGACCGUCGCUGGAGGCUCUGGACUGCAGACCGUCGCAGGAGGCUUCGGGCCAUGGAUCAUCACAGGAGGCUUCGUGCCAUGGAUCAUCACAGGAGGCUUCGUGCCAUGGAUCAUCACAGGAGGCUUCGUGCCAUGGAUCAUCACAGGAGGCUUCGUGCCAUGGAUCAUCACAGGAGGCUUCGGGCCAUGGAUCAUCACUGGAGGCUUCGUGCCAGUGCGAGGAGCAGGCACAGGCCCCACCGGGCUGGAGACCCGCACCACUGGUUUGGUGCGAGGAGCAAGUACGGGGCGCACCGGGCUGGAGACACGCACCACUGGUUUGGUGCGAGGAGCAGGCACGGGCCGUACUGGUCUGUGAAGGCGCACUGGCGGCACAGUGCGUAAAGCCGGCGCAUAGCCUGGUGCCUGCACGGUCACACGCUCCUCAAAGCGAGUGCGGGGAGUUGGCUCUGCUAAACCUGGCUCCGCCAGCCUCUGCUCUAAGGACCGAGCUCUCUGCUGCUGGAGGGUUAACUCCUCUCUCAGCUCCUCCUGUUGCCUGGCCAGCUCCUCUCUCCGUGCAUCCACUGACUCCUGCAGCGCCUCCUUCUGAAGGAAGAGCUCCUGCUCCCUCUUAACUAACAGCUCCCGUAAGGCGGUGUUCUCCUCAGAGUACUGAGCUGCAGGUCUUGGAGGGCAUCUAUCAUAGCGGCUUCUUCUGUUGCUAUCUCCCUCUCCACAAUCAGCUCUUCCAGGGCCUCCGCCAACCACCCUGUGUGCCCCCCCCCCCCCCCCCCCCCCCCCCAUUUUAUUUAUUUAUUGGGGCUGUCUCUCGGGCUUCCUUCUUGAUCGGGACCUUUUGAGUCGCCGUUUUUUCUCUACAGCCUGGGCUUCUUCCUUCGCCCGGGGUCCCUUACCGGCCAAUAUCUCCUCCCAUGUCCAGAAUGUUUUCCCCACCUGUGUCCAGCAUGUCUGCUCCUCCUGGCGACGCUGCUUAGUCCGUUGGUGGUGGGAUCUUCUGUCACGUUUGUUGUGUAAAGGAUCGGACCAAGGUGCAGCGUGGUAUGCGUACAUAGUCAUUUAUUUUAAUAAACACCGACAAAAUAACAAAAUCCAACAGAACGUGAAGUUCAAGAGGCUAAACAUCAAACAAGCCAAACAGAAACAAGAUCCCACCACUAAGGUAGGCAACAUGGCUACCUAAGUAUGAUCCCCAAUCAGAGACAACGACCAACAGCUGCCUCUGAUUGGGAACCACACCCGGCCAACAUAGAAAUAUAUAAAUUAGAUUUCACACCCUGACCAACCCAACUAGAGAUCUCAAUGUCAGGGCGUGACACCGAUGACUGUGGUAACCUCCUCAAUGCCAUCGGAUGAAUCCCGGAAUAUAUUCCAGUCUGUGCUAGUGAAACAGUCCUGUAGCUUAGCAUCCGCUUCAUCGGACCAAUUCCGUAUUGAGCGUGUCACUGGUACUUCCUAUUUGGAGUUUUUGCUUGUAAGCAGGAAUCGGGAGGAUCAAGUUAUGGUCCGAUUUGCCAAAUGGAGGGAGGGGGAGAGCUUUGUUUGUGUGUGAAGUAAAGGUGAUCUAGAGUUUUUAUCCCUCUAGUUCAGGGAUGGGGAAACUCCAGUCCUCGGGGGCCGGAGUGGUGUCGUACCUUUUCCCCAUCCCUAACAAACACAGCUUAUUUUAAACUAAUUGCAUUGUAAACUAAAGAUCAUGAUGUUGAUUAUUGGAGUCAGGUGUGUUUGCAGGGGCUGGGGCGAAAGACCAAUCAGGCCCCGGAGGACUGGUGUUGCCCAUCCCUGCUCUAGUUGCACAGGUGACAUGCUGGUAGAAAUUAGGUAAAACGGAUUUUAGUUUUCCUGCAUUACAAUCAAUGGCCACUAAGCGCGCCGCUUGAGCAUUGUCUUGUUUGCUUAUGCCCUAUACAGCUUGUUUAGUGCAGUCUUAGUGUCAGCAUCGGUAUGUGGUGGUAAAUAGACAGCCAUGAAAAAUACAGAUGAACAUACUCUUGGUAAAUAGUAGGGCUGACCCCAAUUAUUCGACUGGUCGAUUGUUUGGUCAAUAGGCUGUUGGUCGACCAAGAUUUGUUUUAGUCGAGCAGUAUCAUAUACAUACAUACAUACAUGCAUACAUACAUACAUACAGUCGUGGUCAAAAGUUUUGAGAAUGACACAAAUAUUAAUUUUCACAAAGUCUGCUGCCUCAGUUUUUAUGAUGGCAAUUUGCAUGUACUCCAGAAUGUUAUGAAGAGUGAUCAGAUGAAUUGCAAUUAAUUGCAAAGUCCCUCUUUGCCAUGAAAAUGAACUUAAUCCCCAAAAAACAUUUCCACUGCAUUUCAGCCCUGCCACAACAGGACCAGCUGCCAUCAUGUCAGUGAUUCUCUCGUUAACACAGGUGAGAGUGUUGACGAGGACAAGGCUGGAGGUCACACUGUCAUGCUGAUUUAGUUAGAAUAACAGACUGGAAGCUUUAAAAUGAGGGUGGUGCUUGAAAUCAUUGUUCUUCCUCUGUUAACCAUGGUUACCUGCAAGGAAACACGUGCCGUCAUCAUUGCAUUGCACAAAAAGGGCUUCACAGGCAAGGAUAUUGCUGCUACUAAGAUUGCACCUAAAUCAACCAUUCAUCGGAUCAUCAAGAAGUUCAAGGAGAGAGGUUCAAUUGUUGUGAAGAAGGCUUCAGGGCGCCCAAGAAAGUCCAGCAAGCGCCAGGACCGUCUCCUAAAGUUGAUUCAGCUGCGGGAUCGGGACACCACCAGUGCAGAGCUUGCUCAGGAAUGGCAGCAGGCAGGUGUGAGUGCAUCUGCACGCACAGUGAGGCGAAGACUUUUGGAGGAUGGCCUGGUGUCAAGAAGGGCAGCGAGGAAGCCACUUCUCUCCAGGAAAAACAUCAGGGACAGACUGAUAUUCUGCAAAAGGUACAGGGAUUGGACUCCUGACGACUGGGGUAAAGUCAUUUUCUCUGAUGAAUCCCCUUUCCGAUUGUUUGGGGCAUCCGCAAAGAAGCUUGUCCGGAGAAGACAAGGUGAGCGCUACCAUCAGUCCUGUGUCAUGCCAACAGUAAAGCAUCCUGAGACCAUUCAUGUGUGGGGUUGCUUCUCAGCCAAGGGAGUGGGCUCACUCACAAUUUUGCCUAAAAACAUAGCCAUGAAUAAAGAAUGGUACGAACACAUCCUCCGAGAGCAACUUCUCCCAACCAUCCAAGAACAGUUUGGUGACGACCCAUGCCUUUUCCAGCAUGAUGGAGCACCUUGCCAUAAGGCAAAACUGAUAACUAAGUGGCUUGGGGAACAAAACAUCAACAUUUUGGGUCCAUGGCCAGGAAACUCCCCAGACCUUAAUCCCACUGAGAACUUGUGGUCAAUCCUCAAGAGGCGGGUGGACAAACAAAAACCCCACAAAUUCUGACAAACUCCAAGCAUUGAUUAUGCAAGAAUGGGCCGCCAUCAGUCAGGAUGUGGCCCAGAACUUAAUUGACAGCAUGCCAGGGCAGAUUGCAGAGGUCUUGAAAAAGAAGGGUCAACACUGCAAAUAUUGACUCUGCAUAAAUGUAAUGUAAUUGUCAACAAAGAUAUCUAAAAACACUGAAGCAGCAAACUUUGUGAAGACCAAUACUUGUGUCAUUCUCAAAACUUUUGACCACGACUGUGUGUGUGUGUGUAUAUAUAUAUAUAUAUAUAUAUAUAUAUAUAUAUAUAUAUAUAUAUAUAUAUAUAUAUAUAUAUAUAUACACACAAUUUAUUUAUUUUAUGGCACACGAGACACCGGUCUUAUUCGUGCCCAUCUCCGUGAACUAAUCCAUUGAGGAGGCCGCGAGGAUGGCACAGUCCAAGAAGGGGAGUCUCUCCAGAAUGAGCUCUUUCCCGCCAAUUUGUGCACAUUCAUUGUUUCAUAAAUUCAUUGUGUGAAUUGUUUGCGUUUGAUUGUUAGUGUUAUAUACUAUAUGUACAAAAGUAUGUGGACACCCCUUCAAAUUAGUGUAUUCGGCUAUUUCAGCCACACCCGUUGCUGACCGGUGUAUAAAAUCGAUCACACAGCCAUGCAAUCUCAAUAGACAAACAUUGGCAGUAGAAUGGCCAUACUGAAGAGCUCAGUGACUUUCAACGUGGCAUCGUCAUAGGAUGCCACCUUUUCCAACAAGUCAGUUCGCCCUGCUAGAACUUCCCAAGUCAACUGUAAGUGCUGUUAUUGUGUUAUUGCAAACAUCUAGGAGCAACAACGUCUCAGCCGCGAAGUGGUAGGCCACACAAGCUCACAGAAUGGGACCGCAGAGUGCUGAAGCGCGUAGCGUUUUAAAAAUAAUCUAUCCUCGGUUGCAACACUCACUACCAAGUUCCAAACUUUCUCUGGAAGCAGCGUAAGCACAAGAACUGUUCGUCGGGAGCUUAAAAUCACCAUGCGCCAUGCCAAGCGUCAGCUGGAGUGGUGUAAAGCUCACCUCCAUUGGACUCUGGAGCAGUGUUUCGGGCUAGUUCCAGUGAAGGGAAAUCGUAACGCUACAGCAUACAGUGACAUUCUAGAUGAUUCUGUGCUUCCAACUUUGUGGCAACAGUUUGGGGCAGGCCCUUCCUUGUUUCAGCAUGACAAUGCCCCCGUGCACAAAGCGAGGUCCAUACAGAAAUGGUUUGUCGAAAAACGGUGUGGAAGAAGUUGACUUUAUCUCAACCCCAUCGAACACCUUUGGGAUGAAUUGGAACGCCGACUGCGAGCCAGGCCGAAUCGCCCAACAUCAGUGCCUGACCUCACUAAUGCUCUUGUGGCUGAAGGGAAGCUGCAGCAAUGUUCCAACAUCUAGUGGAAAGCCUUCCCAGAAGAGUGGAGGCUGUUAAAGCAGCAAAGGCGGGACCAACUCCAUAUUAAUGCCCAUGAUUUCGGAAUGAGAUGUUCGACGAGCAGGUAUCCACAUACUUUUGGUCAUGUAGUGUAUAUCACCAGUAGUACAUUUACUGAUAAUUCCUAUAAUUUCUAAUCUACAAUGUUUGUUUGGUUACGGUAAUGUCUGUUAAUCCAUUCAAUAGGCUAUAUUAUUAUUCCAGUCUUUUACCGUUCUCAUUGUCGGAGUGAACAUGUUGUUUGCAUAGCGCACAACCUAUGCUACACUUGUGAGAAAAGUUCCAUUUAUGAGUUUUGUCAAUUAAGUCAUGGUCUUUCCUUUGGAGCGCUCCUGUCAAUGUUGAGUAAGGACGCGCACCUGAUUACGCAUAGAAGUAGGCCUAUAGGCUACCUGGCCUGCGCACAAAUGUAGGCAUAUAAAUGUGCCCAUUUGGGGAUCUGAUAGUAUUUCUGAUUGGCUUAAUGCAACACCACUAAUGAGCUGUGGAGCUUCUCAAAGUAAUGCUUUCUUCACCUCAAACAGCAAGCAAAUGAAGUCUGUCAUUCUCUAUGGAUGUAAAAAAUAAUCUUUCCAGCUCUCUCCCUUUCGAUAACCACUUAGCGUGAAAGGGGAAAAAUGCCAGUAAAAACGUUAUAAAAUAGGCCUACCUGAUUACUUCUUAUCCCUUGUGCAAAUAGCCUACAGCUGUGUCUGUCCCGAGCUCACUGGCGCGGGAAACUCUGAGGGCCCAGAAUAUUUUACAAAAUGUUGCAAGGAGCUUCAGGCCGGACCCAAGUUAAUAGUUGAUACAAUGUUUUAAAUUCGUUGCAGACAGGCCAUGCGUAGCCAAUGUGAUUCAUAGGAUAUUUACCUGCAGGCUGCAAUGUUUUUAUUUGUUGGCUUUAUAGGCUAUUUUUAUGUAGUUGGCAAUGACAAUAGAAGUUACCUUUUAGGUUCAUAUUAUUUUCAUUUAGAAUUGGAUAGAAUUUUGAUUAAACACAUGACAAUGAUUUUGAGAUACGAAGACAUUAUUAUAAUUUAAAUUUAACUUUUCCACAAAUGUGCAUAUGAAAACCAUAACUGGAACACAGAUUGGUAGAUAUGGUAAGAUCCUCUGUGGUCCUCUGUAGCUCAGCUGGUAGAGCACGGCGCUUGUAACGCCAAGGUAGUGGGUUCGAUCCCCGGGACCACCCAUACACAAAAAAAAUGUAUGCAAGCAUGACUGUAAGUCGCUUUGGAUAAAAGCGUCUGCUAAAAUGGCAUAUUAUUAUUAUAUUAAAUUGGCAUUCCCCAUGAGAACUUGCCGACUCCUCGUGUAGCCUAUUACCAGCAACUUCAGGAGAGUAAAGGCAGAAUUUGCGAAAGCCAGCAGGAGCGGGACCAUCCGGUCCCGGACAGGUUAAGUCCACUCGUCCAAAUAGAGGUUAGUGAUAGUGAUGGCUGUUCUGAUGUCCAUAAGCUCUUUUAGGUCAUAGGAAACGGUGGCGGAAACAUUAUGGAAAGAUCCAAUUAUGACGACAUCGUCGUCGCCAAUGAUAACUGUUGUCUUGUCUGUUCUCUAGGUUCUACCGUAGUGACGGAGAGAGCCCGGCCGACGCAAACGCAGAGCCCAUAUUCACAGUCAACAACAGUGGUGGUGGAACCAGCAGGACCCGCAGUACAGAUCGACCAGGGUAAGGAGUCUACGACCCAGGAGGCGUUGUCUCCUCUUUCUUUUACACCUCUCCCUGGCUUGAACUGUGGCAAAUUCUGGAAACUUUCCCAAAAUCCCCAGGUUUUCCAGAAAUCCUCCAACUUUAAAACCGGGGGAUUUUGAGGAAGUUUCCAGAAUUUGCAACCCAACACUUUCAUGAGUGUCCAUCCAAUCAUGUCUUACCAAUCUUCUCUGUGGUGUUUGUCCGCUCCAAGGGCCCCCAGUCGCUCCAGCUGGAGACUUGACAGAGACAUGGGUCUGAUGAACGCAAUUGGCCUCCAGCCCCGACACCCCGCCCCCUCUGUGACCUCACAGGGCACUCAGACGCCCAUCGUCCAGCUGCAGAACGCAGAGACGCAGACAGAGCGGGACCUCCCCAGGCCCAGCACCUCCCACGCUGCUGCUUAUGGUAGGAGGAUUAAUAAUAAUAAUUAUUAUUAUUAUUAUUAUUACAUUUUAGUCAUUUAGCAGACGCUCUUAUCCAGAGCGACUUACAGUUAGUGAGUGCAUACAUUUUCCAUACUGGAAUUAUUACAUACAUUAUUACAAUACAUUAUUAUUAGAGGCCGACCGAUAAAUCGGUUGACUGAUAUUAUCGGCUGAUAUUAGCCUUCCCAGAAAUAUAUGCAUCUGUCUUUAUUCCACAGAUAAAGUGCCAACAUUAUAUACCUAGAAUGAACAAAUACAGUGCAUUCAGAAAGUAUUCAGACCCCUUUACUUUUUCCACAUUUUGUUACGUUACAGCCUUAUUAUAAAAUGGAUUAAUAAAUAAAAAAUCCUCAUCAAUCUACACACAAUACUCCAUAAUGACAAAGUGAAAACAGGUUUUUAGAAAUCUUUGCAAAUGUAUUAAAAAUAAAAAACUGAAAUGCAUUAUUUACAUAAGUAUUCAGACCCUUUGCCAUGCGACUCGAAAUUGAGCUCAGGUGCAUCCUGUUUCCAUUGAUCAUCCUUGAGAUGUUUCUACAACUUGAUUGGAGUCCACCUGUGGUAAGUUCAAUUGAUUGGACAUGAUUUGGAAAGGCACACACCUGUCUAUAUAAGGUCCCACAGUUGAUGGUGCAUGUCAGAGCAAAAACCAAGCCAUGAGGUCGAAGGAAUUGUCCAUAGCGCACAGAGACAGGAUUCUGUCGAGGCACAGAUCUGGGGAAGGUUACCAAAAAAUAUCUGCAGCAUUGAAGGUCCCCAAAAACACAGUGGCCUCUAUGAUUCUUAAAUAGAAGAAGUUUGGAACCACCAAGACUCUUCCUAGAGCUGGCCGCCCGGCCAAACUGAGCAAUCGGGGGAGAAGGGCCUUGGUCAGGGAGGUGACCAAGAACCCGAUGGUCACUCUGACAGAGCUCCAGAGGUCCUCUGUGGAGAUGGGAGAACCUUCCAGAAGGACAACCAUCUCUUCAGCACUCCACCAAUCAGGCCUUUAUGGUAGAGUGGCCAGACGGAAGCCACUCCUCAGUAAAAGGCACAGGACAGGCCGCUUGGAGUUUGCCAAAAGGCACUCUCAGACCAUGAGAAACAAGAUUCUCUGGUCUGAAGAAACCAAGAUUGAACUCUUUGGCCUGAAUGCCAAGUGUCACGUCUGGAGGAAACCUGGCACCAUCCCUACGGUGAAGCAUGGUAGUUGCAGCGUCAUGCUGUGGGGAUGUUUUUCAGCGGCAGGGACUGGGAGACUAGUCAGGAUCGAGGGAAAGAUGAAUGGAGCAAAGUACAGAGAGAUCCUUGAUGAAUCUGCUCCAGAGCAUUCAGGACCUCAGACUGGGGCGAAGGUUCACCUUCCAACAGGACAACGACCCAUAGCACACAGCCAAGACAACGCAGGAGUGGCUUCGGGACAAGGCUCUGAAUGUCCUUGAGUGGCCCAGCCAGAGGCCCGGACUUGAACCCGAUCGAACAUCUCUGGAGAGACCUGAAAAUAGCUGUGCAGCAACACUCCCCAUCCAACCUGACAGAGCUUGAGAUGAUCUGCAGAGAAGAAUGGGAGAAACUCCCCAAAUACAGGUGUGCCACGCUUGUAGCGUCAUACCCAAAAAGACUCGAGGCUGUAAUCGCUGCCAAAGGUGCUUCAACAAAGUACUGAGUAAAGGGUCUGAAUACUUAUGUAAAUGUGAUAUUUCAGUGUUUUGUUUUUGCAAAAUGUUCUACAAAAUGGUUUUUGCUUUGUCAUUAUGGGGGUGUUGUGUGUAGAUUGAUGAGGGGGGAAACAAAUCAAUUUUAGAAUAAGGUUGUAAUGUAAGAAAAUGUGAAAAAAGUCAAGGGGUCUGAAUACUUAACGAAUGUACUGUCAUUUGAUCAUUCUGGGUAGACGCUAAUUUGCAGUAAUUUUAAAUGUUUCAAUCAUUGCCUGAAGAGGGCGCUCUACGAGCUGCUCAUUGAACAUCAUUCAACCCUAAGGUCACAACUUGAGAGAGAGUAGGCAUGGUGGUUUGACGGUGAGUAGCUUACCACAGGCAGCGCAUUUGAAUAAGUAAAUAAUCAAAGUACACUUCACAAAGCAAGCAGCAUUGUCCUCAUCACAUUCUCACUUAACGUUAGCUGUCUAGCAAGCCAGCAGCAGGGUAGUGAGCUUCACAAUCUAGCCAACAAGAUAGUUAGCUUAGCAAGCUAGCAUUCUGUUCUACUUGUGUGUUAACACUGGACUGGUGCCAAAGUGAACACUCGUCCUUGAUACAAAAAUAACUGUUUCUGUCUGGGCCUAUUAUGUUAGCUAGUUGGCUUAUUUAGUUUGUUUUCCGAAAUAUGCAAUCUGCAAAAAGCAAGACAGUCUAUCAUUCAGGCCAUGUGCUUGCAUUCAUGGUGAGAUAAGGAGCUAGCUAGCUAAAUUAGAACUUGUGACUAAUACCAGUGCUGCAAGCAUUGCCCUGCAUAAACAUUUUCAGUCAUCAGUGCAUGCCAUUUGCUGUUGACAUAUACAGUGGGGAGAACAAGUAUUUGAUACACUGCCGAUUUUGCAGGUUUUCCUACUUACAAAGCAUGUAGAGGUCUGUAAUUUUCAUCAUAGGUACACUUCAACUGUGAGAGACGGAAUCUAAAACAAAAAUCCAGAAAAUCACAUUAUGAUUUUUAAGUAAUUCAUUUGCAUUUUAUUACAUGACAUAAGUAUUUGAUCACCUACCAACCAGUAAGAAUUCCGGGUCUCACAGACCUGUUAGUUUUUAUUUAAGAAGCCCUCCUGUUCUCCACUCAUUACCUGUAUUAACUGCACCUGUUUGAACUCGUUGCCUGUAUAAAAGACACCUGUCCACACACUCAAUCAAACAGACACCAACCUCUCCACAAUGGCCAAGACCAGAGAGCUGUGUAAGGACAUCAGGGAUAAAAUUGUAGGCCUGCACAAGGCUGGGAUGGGCUACAGGACAAUAGGCAAGCAGCUUGGUGAGAAGGCAACAACUGUUGGGGCAAUUAUUAGAAAAUUGAAGAAAUUCAAGAUGACGGUCAAUCACACUCGGUCUGGGGCUCCAUGCAAGAUCUCACCUCGUGGGGCAUCAAUGAUCAUGAGGAAGGUGAGGGAUCAGCCCAGAACUACAUGGCAGGACCUGGUCAAUGACCUGAAGAGAGCUGGGACCACAGUCUCAAAGAAAACCAUUAAUAACACACUACGCCGUCAUGGAUUAAAAUCCUGCAGCGCACGCAAGGUCCUUCUGCUCAAGCCAGCACAUGUCCAGGCCUGUCUGAAGUUUGCCAAUGACCAUCUGGAUGAUCCAGAGGAGGAAUGGGAGAAGGUCAUGUGGUCUGAUGAGACAAAAAUAGAGCUUUUUGGUCUAAACUCCACUCGCUGUGUUUGGAGGAAGAAGAAGGAUGAGUACAACCCCAAGAACCCCAUCCCAACCGUGAAGCAUGGAGGUGGAAACAUCAUUCUUUGGAGAUGCUUUUCUGCAAAGGGGACAGGACGACUGCACCGUAUUGAGGGGAGGAUGGAUGGGGCCAUGUAUCGCGAGAUCUUGGCCAACAACCUCCUUCCCUCAGUAAGAGCAUUGAAGAUGGGUCGUGGCUGGGUCUUCCAGCAUGACAACGACCCGAAACACACAGCCAGGGUAACUAAGGAGUGGCUCCGUAAGAAGCAUCUCAAGGUCCUGGAGUGGCCUAGCCAGUCUCCAGACCUGAACCCAAUAGAAAAUCUUUGGAGGGAGCUGAAAGUCCGUAUUGCCCAGCGACAGCUCCGAAACCUGAAGGAUCUGGAGAAGGUCUGUAUGGAGGAAUGGGCCAAAAUCCCUGCUGCAGUGUGUGCAAACCUGGUCAAUACCUACAGGAAACAUAUGAUCUCUGUAAUUGCAAAUAAAGGUUUCUGUACCAAAUAUUAAGUUCUGCUUUUCUGAUGUAUCAAAUACUUAUGUCAUGCAAUAAAAUGCAAAUUAAUUACUUAAAAAUCAUACAAUGUGAUUUUCUGGAUUUUUGUUUUAGAUUCUGUCUCUCACAGUUUAAGUGUACCUAUGAUAAAAAUGACAGACCUGCAAAAUCGGCAGUGUAUCAAAUACUUGUUCUCCCCACUGUAUAUAUCUCCAAUACAUUUUGUAUUUACUUUCGUAUUUAUAGAGGCGAGAGUUGCUUUUUGGUGGUUAUCAUGUAAACCACAAAUAAAAUGUUUUUAAAUGUUAAUUUGAAUAUUUACUUAAGAAAUCAUAAUUUAGAGUAUCAGUUAAUCCUUUAGAGCACAAUUAGUGUUAUUAAAAAAAGGAUGUUUUCAUUCCCCCUCUAAACAUAUCGGCAGAUAUAUCGGUAUCGGACCCAAAAAUAUAUCGGUCGGGCUCUAAUAAUAAUAGGUGGGUGCCUGUAUUUGUCCUGUUUCAAGUGUGUAUUAUACGCAUGUGUUAAAUGCUUAUUUUGCAUAUCUCAUCUCCCUCGGAUAUACACCCAACGGUAACCCUGAAGCAAUUAGGGUUAAGUACCUUGCUCAAGGGCACAUCGGCAGAUUUUUCACCUUGUCGGCUCGGGGAUUCGAACUAGUAACCUUUCGGUAACUGGUCCAAUGCUCUAACCACUAGGCUACCUACCGGUAACUUUUCAUUGGCUCCCUGUGUGAAAACGAAACACUGAGAUCCAAUCAGACCCGUUCUCAAAUACACAUUGCCAUUCAGUUAAGAGUCAGCAGUAAAAUUAUUAUUUUGUAUUUAACACAGAUGUUAACCUUCAACCAAUGUAUGUCUCAUCUAACUUUCUGUGCAGUUUAGUGAUGCGGUUUUAGUUUUUUUUGAGGAAAUGUAAAUGUAUCAAUGUUUUCGAUUUCUCUCGCUACUCAUCUCAGUAGAAGUCCAAGAGCUCCCGUCCACGAGCCGCGAGACCAAGGGGAGCCUAGAGCAGCCACAAACCAGCCAGAUCGAGGACAGUGCCCUGGGAGAUGCCUCAACAGAAGCCGGCACCUCCACAGCCAACACCGGUAAUCCUCCCAGUCCCACCUACUACCCUCCCUUUUUAUAAUGCCAGAAAGCGGGGUUGGGGUCAAUUCAGAAAGUAAACCCAAUUUGAAAUGUUACUCAUUGAAAAGCAUAGAAGAGAAUUGGAAUUGAAAUGUCAGUGUACUUCCUGAAUUGGAAUGGAAUUGACCCCAACUCUGCCAGAACCCCUCUUAUUGUACCUUCUAUAUGGUUCUACGGAAUGUUUUCCCCUACUGUGAUCUCCAGGUGGGGUGCAAAGGCCCCCAAAGCGACAUCCAGGCCCUCUAGUCUCAAAUUCAAUUCAAACCAAUAGAAGCAUAGGGGUAGGGGAAACAGUUUUAUAUGGCCAUAAUGACGGCACAUGGUCAGGAAGGGCUGUUUCAACUGUCUGUUUUGCAGAGGAUGGAAUCCGUGAAAGAUAUAGGUAACUGCCAAAAUAAAGGAAACUCCAACAUAUUGUCUUUAUAGGGCGUUGGGCCACCACAAGUCCCCAGAACAGCUUCAGUGCGCCUUGGCAGAUAUUCUGCAAGUGACUGGAACUCUAUUGGAGGGAUGCAGCACCAUUCUUCCAUAAAUUCCAUAAUUUGGUGUUUUGUUGAUGGUGGUGGAAAACACUGUCUCAGGCUCCACUCCAGAAUCUCCCAUAAGUGUUCAACUGGGUUGAGAUCUGGUGACUGAGAGACACACUCUUUAAACCCCCUAUGCUUCUUUGAGAUCCCUCUUUCCAAACGUCACUGAGAUCUCUUCUAGCCAAGGUAGCCAAAAUAAUGUGCAACUGGGCAUUUAUAUACAUGACCCUAAGCAUGAUGGGAUGUUAAUUUGAUGUUAAUGAGGAGAGCGAGGUACAGCAAGAGCUACGUCACCAGGUUAUGCAGUCCCCCACUCACUGCAGUGCUAGAUAGAACUUUCUGGAAUAAUACACUUUCUGUCACAGCGAACGUACUAAAUUCGGGAAGCCCAAUCGAUUGUGAGAGAUGGCAUAUGCCUUUUUAUGUGAUACAUAUGGGUCGUGGGUUCGCAAUUUGCUGCUCAUGCAACAAACACACACACGAGGGGACUCCUCAUAAACACAACACUGGCAGUUUUCAGAAUAGCCUGCAUCAGACUUUAGCACAUCACCUAACGUUGUGUUACGCCUUUUACUAAGCAUCAUCAGACCUCGGUAGUAGCCUAUUUCAUCUCUCUUUCAAUGCUCUGGAAACCAAGCAGAAAAUCCUGUGCUCUAAAGAUGGCAUCAUAGCCACACAAAUACAUUAGAAGAUAAUUGUUGAUUUGAUCAGAAACACUGUGCUCACAACCUUUAUCUCCUAAAUGAUGUCGCUGGUGUAUUUUCUUUUCUUUGAAUUUGGGGAUAUAUUGCGCUAUAGGCUAUAAGGUUUUUACGAGGCGCGAGUUCCGUUCGUGAAACAACAUGCAUAAUGAGCUUCGAGAAAGAAAAUAUCCGACUACCUUUCUGUCAUGUCAACCAUCCAUCCAAAUCAUAUAAUUCUGUGUAUCCACCUUUUGUCUUUAUAAACUUUCACAUAGCCUAUUUCAUGAUAUGGGGUAAUCCAAUAAGCAACACCGCAGCUGUAGAUUGCAGUGAUCAUCAUUAAUCACGUAUGCUAUAUAUAAUCAAUACACGACUUUCACGGAGGAGGAUAUUUGAUGCAAGGAUAUACAAAUUAUUUUCCAUUUUAUAAAAUUAGCCUACAUUCUCUUGCUCACUCGAGGAAUGCAAUUUGGCUCAGGCUUGCAAACUGAAAAAAAUAAUGUUUGUCAUUUAGUCUACUGAUUUUGGAAAUGUAGGCUAAUAAUAAAUGUAAUAAUAGCAUAUUUGAUCUACCCCAAUGAAAAAUUGGAAAGUGCGCAUAAAUCCAUUUUGAUAGCCUGGGUACUGAUGCAUACAUCUAUCUAUUAUAUCUGCAACAGAAAUUAAGGAUAUGUUCGCUGUCAGCUGGCUACUGUAGGAAAGUUACAUUCGAAUGAAACGUUUGUUAAAUAAAUUAGCCUUUUAGCCCAUAUGUAUCAUCCUAUGAGGUGGACGUUAUGUUGCACACUCACUCUUUCCCUCAUUUUAGUAGAUAUAUUUUGCCGUAACGAUCUGAUCAUACCAGGUGGAAUGAUGUCAAAUUGCGUUGCAAGAUAAAAGUGGGAGGCGGGAGAAGAUUGGCUCCUUUCCUCCUUGCUUGGCAGAGAUCUCAGAAAAGGUAGAAUUGUGAACCUGUGACCCAUAUUUAUCACAUAAAAUGUAUAUGCCAUAUCUCACAAUCGAUUGGGCUUCCUGGAUUUAGUGUUUUCAAUGUGACAACGUGUAUUUAUUUCGUAGAGUUGCGUUAUUCCAGAAAGUUCUAUCUAGCACUGCAGUGAGUGGGGGGCUGUAUAACCCUGUGACGUAGCUCUCGCUCUAGCUCUACCUCGCGCUCCCUGAGUGAGAGAGGUACGCACUUUGACAGACAGUCCAACAUUGAUUCAAAGGGGUUUAGGAACUUAGACAAAAUUGAAUUUCGGCAGGCAUAAUUGAAUUUCUCCCCUCUCUCAGGGAGUAAUUUCCUAUGGCCCCCGAUGGUUUCCACUGUUUCCUCAUAACCACCCUCUUCUAGCAACCAGCUGAACUGAACACUGGGGUUUCAAGGAAUAACAGCAGACUGAUAUAUUAACUUCCUCCCCGGGGCUAAUUAAGUUGUCAUUAUAUUACAUUGUGUGGCAUGUCACCAAAAAACAAAAAAUAGUAUCAGCAGCUUGAAAGCAUUAAUUAUCAUCACUCAUAUCUUCUCUUGUUCCCUCCCUCCCUCUGUCCCAGGCGAGGCCCCAGAGUAUGCCCCAGGAGAGGACGCCCUGGCGCGGAUCCGCCGGCUCAUCGCAGAGGGCGGCAUGACGGCAGUGGUCCAGCGGGAGCAGAGCACCACCAUGGCCUCCAUGGGUGGGUUUGGCAACAACAUUAUCGUCAGCCACCGCAUCCACCGCGGCUCCCAGACAGGGGCGGGCGCCGUAGCUGGGCGGCCCAGCAGCAGUGACCCCGUUCUGGCCGUCUCUACAGCCUCCCCUUCCGCCUGCCCCAUCAACUCCCUGCGUCUCAGCCUGGAGCACCCCCCUGCUCCCUCAGAGCCUCACCCAGGCCCGGUGUGGGGUCUGCCCUCCCUCUCUCAACCACAACCCCCCGGCCUAGCCUCGGAGGGUGAGGGGGCCAGUCUCUCAGUGGCCAUGGACAUCGACGACGUGUUUGAAGGAGCCGGCCGACUGGAUGAUUCUGAGCCAGGCCCCUCUUCCUCCCUGCUCUUCUCCUCCUCUUCCUCUUCUUCCUCUCGCGGCUCUUACCACUCCAGCACCGGCAGAAACGGCAACAAUAACAACAAUGGCAGUAGCAGCAGAGAUAAUUACCCAGGCGACCCUUACAGCAGGUAG